GUUGGUCGUACGGACGUGAACGGUGCAGCUACGGGUACAUUGUUUUUGGGAUCAGUGUUUGGGACAAUCUUGGUGGAAUAUUCACCAGGGGGUGACCACGCCCACUUUUCACACAUGAUAGCUACAACAGCACCGCAGACGACUCCGUCCCCCUCACCCUCUUCUAUCUCCCAUCUCUCACCCCGUUAGAUAUCUGUCAAGUUACUGCAGAGGACUCUCACCGACAAUAAAACUGUUAUACUGAAUAUCCCAAGUGUGUCCUGCUCAGGCGAAAAUGGAGGAGUUUCUACAGAGUUGCAGUGCUGCGGUGAAGGGCAGUUCUCAGGACGGCUCUGCUGGGAUCCACGUUGUCCUUGGCAGCGAGUCAUGUGACCUGGACUCCAUGGUGUCGUCGCUGGCCUACGCCUACUUCCUGUUCCGUACUUCCCCUCGUCCCCAUGGCACCCCCGUGGCUGUGAUGAACAUUCCGAGGGCGGAGUUUCCCCUGCGCUCCGACAGCGUCCUCCUGCUCAGGGAGGGCGGAGUCUCGCCGGACAGCUUGGUGUUCCGAGACCAGCUGGACCUGGCUCGUCUCCAUGGGGACAAGCGCCUGGCGCUCACGCUGGUGGACCACAACGUUCUCCCCAGGGCUGACAGGGACCUGGAGGCAGCCGUAGUCGAGGUUAUCGACCACCACCACCUGGAGCGGACGCCCUCCACUUCCUGUCGGGUCGCCGUGGAGACAGUGGCUUCCUGCGCUACCUUGGUGACGGAGCGGAUCCAGCUGCGAGGACCGGAGGUUCUGGACCCCCAGCUGGCCCUGCUGCUGUACGGUGCCAUCCUGCUGGACUGUGUGAACAUGGUGCCCGCGGCAGGCCUGGUGACAGCCAGGGACAGCCAGGCGGCUUGUUACCUGGAGACGCGCUUCCCAGACCUGCCACCGAGGGGUGCUCUCUUCCAGUCCCUGCAGAGCGCCAGGGCUGAGCUCUCAGGUCUGUCUACAGAGCAGAUCCUGAUGAAGGACAUGAAGAAGAUCUCAGGGGAGGACCUGAAUCUGGCCAUCAGCACCGUCUACAUGACGCUGGAUAUGUUCCUUCAGAGGAGGAGCCUACAGCAGGAGCUGUGUGAGUUUUGCCACAAGCAUCGCCUGGGCGCACUGGUUGCCAUGACAAUCUCCUUCCGUGAGGGCAGCAGCGAGCCGUGUCGCCAGCUGGCCGUGUACAGCGCCAGCACCCUCUACAGGGAGGAGGUGAGCCAAGCCUUGGAGCACGCCCACUCCCCGUCGCUCAGCCUAUCACCAGUCAGCAGCCCUUAUAAGGACGUAAAAGCCUAUCACCAGGACAACACCUUGGCCUCCUGUAAGAAGCUCCUCCCCGUCCUCCGAAACUUCCUGCAGGAGUGGGACAGAAAACAGGUGCAUUGUGGGGAGGUGGGGGAGGACCUCGACGACAACUUCGACCAAUCGUUAUCCCCGGGCAUGGACGGGGAGCCCCGCCCCCGCGUCUACUCCGCCUGCCGACACCACCGGCGCCGGCUGCAGGGAGCAGAGAAUUGUGGGCCGGAGGAGGAGCUGUGGGUCCCGCCCACGCCCAUGAACAGCCUGGCGGAGGGUUGCCCCCUGGACGGGGGGCUGGGACGCCUCAACCACGACGCCAUCUUGGAAAGGUUCAGUCGACUGGGGCGGGGCGACGAGGAGGAGCAAUCUUGAAUCGGAAAAAACGUGGACGUUUGUAUCCGACUCUUGUUAGGUCACCGGGAGUCUGUGUCUGGGAUGCUGACUGUUGUGAGCAGCAGCAGGAACGAGGCCUUGGUCGAGGGAUUUCGAGGUGUUCCUCUUUGCUAUCUUAACAGAGGGGUUCUCUGUGGGAUCCAUCCAUGCGAGGGGUUCCUCUCCACUCUCCAUCUCUCCACGAGACACACAGCAGGGCUAGGGAAUGGGAGCGUUCCUCUGGAGAGAACAGAAGAUGGAAGGAGGUAGAGGAAGAGAGAGAUGAACUGAGAGAAAGGGAGGGAAGGAGAACGUUUGGAGAUAUUUUACAGACUUAUGCAUGAAGUUGUUUGCCUUUUUGCGAGUCAGUUGAUUCUGUUUGUUUUUUAUUGUUGUUUUUUUCCUCCCAAAGUGUCAAUCAAAACACAUAAGUUCUGUUGAAAUGUUUCAUGGGAGAUGUAGUUUGUGUGAUCAAUGCAAUGGCCCAAGUGAUGUCACUAUCUUGCCUUCAUCAGUUAUCUUUUAUGGUCACAUACACAAACAUGCACAUACACACACCCAUACACACUUUCUCUCACUCACUCACACACACACACACACACACACAGGCAAACACACGUUCUUAAAAGUUGUACCUGGAUGUUUCUUUCUCAACCAGUGUCCUUCUUGCAGAUUUUGAAUUAAUGUCUUAAACCCAGAGUUUUUCCUUAGGAACACUUCCUUAGCAACCUCCUUCUUCAUAAAAGCUAUUGUCUUCUAACAGGUGUAACCAUGAGACAUACCCUGAGUAAAUAAUUAAUUAAUGUUGCCAUGUCCUUUCAGGCAUUGGUCCUUCCCAUAAUGCACGGCUGUUUCUCUGUCCCCUGUAAGACAACCAGGCCCCUCCCCCAUUCAUCAGGCCCCACUUCCCUGUAUUAGGCCACGCCUUCCCUGCAUCAGGCCCCACUUCCUUGUAUUAUGCCCCGCCUUCAUGCAUCAGGCCCCAACUCCUUAUAUUAUGCCCUGAUAUCAGGCCCCUCAAUUUUGAUAUUAGGGUCCCCCUCCUUAAAUCAGGCCCUACCUCCCUGUAUCAGGCCCCACCUUCUUAUAUUUGGCCCCGCCUCUCUGUAUCAAGCCCCAUCUCCUUAUAAUAAGCCCCACCUCCCCAUGUUUGCACCCCUUCCUGUCUCAGGUCCCGCCCCCUGUCUCAGGUCCUGCCCCCUGUCUCAGGUCCCGCCCUCUGUCUCAU